CGGGAUUUCCGGGAUCGUGAGCAAGCGGUGUGGUGUUCACAGCGGCUGUCAUGGUUCGUCCGCUAAACUGUAUCGUCGCUGUGUCCCAGAACAUGGGCAUCGGCAAGAACGGGGACCUGCCCUGGCCGCCGCUGAGGAAUGAAUUCAAGUAUUUCCAAAGGAUGACCACAACCUCAUCCGUAGAAGGUAAACAGAAUUUGGUGAUUAUGGGUAGAAAGACAUGGUUCUCUAUUCCGGAGAAGAAUCGACCUUUAAAGGACAGAAUUAAUAUAGUUCUCAGUAGAGACCUCAAGGAACCUCCACAAGGAGCUCAUUUUCUUGCCAAAAGUCUGGAUGAUGCCUUAGAACUUACUGAGCAACCAGAAUUAGCACAUAAAGUGGACAUGGUUUGGGUAGUGGGAGGCAGUUCUGUUUAUAAGAUAAAUAAAGAAAUUGAUGCCUCUUGUGUUUUUUCAAAGGAAGCCAUGAACAGGCCAGGCCACGUUAGACUAUUUGUGACAAGGAUUAUGCAGGAAUUUGAAAGUGACACAUUUUUUCCAGAAAUUGAUUUGGAGAAAUAUAAACUUCUCCCAGAAUACCCAGGUGUUCUUUCUGAUAUCCAGGAGGAGAAAAGCAUUAAGUACAAAUUUGAAGUAUAUGAGAAGAACAAUUAAUGUGAAGGUGUUUUCUGGUUUAUUUCAAGUUAGUUGUUCCCCCUCCCCUCCAAUUACAUAUUUUUUAAUAUUAGAAAAAAAGACUUUUGUGACUUUAGGUCAACGGCUAAUUAUUUGUAGGCAAUGAGAUUUUAUAAAUUAAUCUUAAGUAGACUAUAGUUAAGAUUAGUCUUAACUAUUCCAUAUCAGAUAACCAUUUAUGAAACCUUUUUUGCUAUAGCUGUAUGAUGCCCAUCAAGGACCAGCACCUGCCUAUGGUAGCAUAUCUUUCAAAAACCAAAGUUGAAAAAAUUCCCCGAGAGCAUGAGUUGAAACCAGGACCUAUAGAGAUAGAACUAGACAGAUUUGUCCAAAGGUCAGACAUGGAUUAUAAACAGAAGAGAUAGAACUCAGAUAUUAAAAGAAAAUUAAAUCAAAAUAGAGACUUUGAA